AUGGCAGUGAAUUUUUCAGAGGGUAUCUUUAAAUAUACAACAAUUCCAGAUUCAAAAACUGCCAAAAUAGGAAAUGCGAUUGAUAAGGAAACAUGCAAUUCUGGGAUUUUGGAUGUUAACUACUCUCAUCCAGUUAAAAUCCCAGAGUACGCAUACCAUGAUAAUGUUAAAUACGAGAUUGUUGAAAUAGGCAUUUCGGCCUUCAGAUACUGUAGGUAUAUUCCUAAAGUCACGAUUCCUCCAACAAUAAUAACUAUUAAUUAUUGGGCUUUCGAUUGGCUCAUUUCUUGCAAAGAAUUUGUAUUUCUUCCUGGGAGUAAAUUGACUACCAUUGUUUCCGGGGCAUUCAGUAGAUGCUAUUCCAUUACUACACUAGUCCUUCCUAAUACGGUGCGCUCUAUCUCGGACUAUGGCCUUGCUUAUUUGGGUUCUUUGAAAACUUUGUAUAUUUGUGGAAAUCCUUCGAUUUCUGAAGACAUAUUUUGGGAUACUGUGAAAGACGAAGGUGAUGUUGUAGCUCCAAGUGAUUUACAGAUAUAUGUUCCUUUUGAGUUUACUGGAACUUCAACAUAUAGAAAUUUUACAAAGACAUAUUUUAACAAAGUUUGCGAUUUCACUAUCAAAUGCAAAACAUGCUUUGAUUGUACUCUCGAUUUGCAUUUAGCAACUCUUUUCACUAUUAUUUUCAUUUCUGUUUAA